UAUAUGAAUGAGAUGGCCAAGGGUUCUAGAGAGAUUUUGAGGAAGGGAGGACUGGUAAUCCUCAGGAUUAUCAUGGAGAAGCUAAAAAGGAGUCUCUCUCUCCCACUAAUAAGAAGAUGGGAUGAUGAUUAUGAAGAAUUGGGUUCUUCCAUGGAGGUGCCACAAGAUGUGAAGGAAGGUCAGUUUGUGGUGUUUGCAGUGGAUGGUGGUGAGACAAAGAGGUUUGUUGUUGAUCUGGGUUACUUGACUCACCCAGAGUUCUUGAGGAUGUUGCAGCAAGCAGAGGAGGAAUUUGGGUUCGAACAACACGGCGCGAUCGCCGUCCCUUGCCGGCCUGAUGAUCUCCAAAGAAUUCUUGAAGACCAGAGAAAGGAUAGUGGUGGUGCUAGAGGGGAAGUAGUAGUUCCUUGACAGUUUCCAUUUUUACUUGUUUAUUUGUUCCUUGGACUCUGACCUGAAGAAGGGUUUAGAAUUCAAGUCUAUAUUUAAAUAUGAAGCAUGUAAUUGCUAAGAAUCAAGUGAAUUGUAUGUAGUAGUUUGGAAUUCAAUUCUAAAAUUUCAUGUAGUCUCCAAAAAUGAGACUUUAGGGGUCCUAAGGUACUGGGCUUGUGAAGAGGGAUUUCUUUUCCACACAAGGCAGAAAUUCAAUCUAGGAACAAUGUUUAUUGGGCCAUGACUUUCCAAAGGCCCAUACAAUAAUCAUAGUUUGAAAACUUCAAUUACAACUAGGUGUCUUCUUCUAUUGUUCUCCCCCUUUUUUCCCCCAACCAA